GCUCUGUUAUGUUCACCCCCACAAACAGCGCAAGUAGCGGGAGGAGCUUCAACUGUUGAUGUAAAUUCUCUCUUCUCCUAUCACCCUUUCUCUUGUUCCCUGUUGGAGAAUUCCGAGAAGCAGAUGGGAGGCUGUGCCACCAAGCCCAGGGUGCUGAAGGGUGAUGAUGCUGCGGCAAAAGCACCCGAACCUCCCCAGGACGAGUCACUCCUCGACAAAGCUCAACAACUCCAGCUUCCCCACUUUGCAGGCGACGAUUCUUCCAACAAACGCCAUUCUCUCAGCUCCCUGUUCACCCAGCAGAAUGAAGACGGAACGGCGGCUGCAGAAAAUGGGAAGGUCGCUGUCUCGGCGGAAGAGACAGCCACACAGGAAAAGCCGGGAGCUGAGAAGCCUUCAUCAGAAGACAGUGAAUGCCACGAGACCCUAACACGAGAGUUUGCAGAGAAAGCUUCAGAGGAACUUAAGAGCAAAGAGGAGUCUCGAGAGGUAGAGGAGGAGAAACCUUCAGGGGAAUGUCAGAGUCAGAGCACCGAGGAAAUCCAAGGAGAAUCAGCAGACGUGGCGGCGGAGAAAACUUCAGAGGAAACUGGUAGCAAUGAGGUCGUUAUAGGAGAAUGCGCCGAGGCGAUGGUCCAGAAAAUUUCAGGGGAAACUGAAACUGAAACCGAAAGAAACAACAUUGUAAUCAAAGGAGAAUCCACGGACGUGGCAGUGGAGAAAAUCUCAGAUGAAACUGAGACUGAAAACAAUAAGGUAAUCCAAGGAGAAUCUGCAGACGUGGCGAUGGAGAAACCUUCAGAGGAAACUGAAAGCAAUGAAGUAAUUAAACAAGAAUGCGCAGAGGGGAUGGGGGAGAAAAUUGGAGGGGAGACAGAAACUGAAAGCAAUAAAGUAAUUAAACAAGAAACGGCAGAGGUGAUGGUGGAGAAAAUCUCAGGGGAGACAGAAACUGAAAGCAAUGAAGUAAUUAAACAAGAAUCCGCUGAGGUGAUGGGGGAGAAAAUUGCAGGGGAAACUAAAACUGAAAGCAAUGAAGUAAUUAAACAAGAAACGGCAGAGGUAAUGGUGGAGAAAAUCUCAGGGGAGACAGAAACUGAAAGCAAUGAAAUAAUUAAUGAAGAAUCCGCAGAGGUGACGGGGGAGAAAAUUUCAGGGGAAACUAAAACUGAAAGCAAGGAGGCAAUGAAAGGAGAAUGUUCAGAAGAAGAGAGAAAACAAGAAAUAUUGGAAGCUGAGGAUCCUAGGAAGGAGGAGGUGGAGGAAAGCAAAGAGAAACGUGAAAGCAACGGGACAGGGAAACAAGAAGAUGCGGGGAUGGAGGUGGAGGAAACCGCUGGGAGCGUAGAUGGAGUUGUGUUGAACUGACGGCCAAGGCGGACUAGAAGAGUUGGGGCCAUGACUUUCAGCCAGGCCCACCAUCCGCAAAAGCCUCCAGAAUCCUAAGCUUCAUGGGCCCCCCCUCUCUGCUCAUUUGUUUCACCAUUCCUUUGAACCCCCCCCCACCCCUUCAUUUCCCCAUUUUGGUUCUGUUUGAAUUUCGUUUUUUUAAAGAAAUAAAUAAAACUUUGGUCGUGC